CGUCCGCUGUCAUACAACCCUACCCCUGUUUGUGCGCACCCGGGAGUGCGGAUACUCGGAAUGUUGCUGAUUGUGCUGGUGACGGGGCUGGCGCUGGUGACGCCGUCUCUGGCCGACACGCCAGCCAACUGCAGCUUCGAGGACAUCCGCGGCAGCUGGACCUUCUACGAGGGCCUGCCCAUGGGCGACAGUGCCAUUCACUGCCCGACUCAUAACGCCUUUGAUAAAAAGUUCACCGUGCUCCUGGAGUAUCCCGACUCAGCCGAGGACCAGUACGGCAACGUGGGCACCUGGACUAUCAUCUACAACCAGGGUUUCGAGGUGCGCCUGAUGGGCCGCGUUUACUUCGCCUUCAGCGACUAUAAUAAGAACGGCGACGGCAGCGUGGACAGUCUCUGCCAUCGGACCAAGACGGGCUGGUCGCACGACUUCAUGACCCACAACUGGGCCUGCUUCCGCGGCCAGAAGCUGAUGCAAGUCGAGCCGGCGCCUGCCUCGCACCAGAUGGUACGCGAGGCAAGUGACACCGUGAUGCACAGGAACAGCCAGGACCGAGUCGACUUCAUUAACAUCGGCGACUUCGGCUGGACAGCAGCUGCCUAUCCCGAACACGAGCAGUUCACGCGCUUAGACAUGCAGCGCCGCUCCGGUGGCCAUCUGUCGCGUGUGUACGGCGUGACCCGGCUCCGCUCCUCACCCUCGCGGCUCCUGGAGCGCGCGCUCCGCGAGCGGCUGCCGCGCGCCUGGGACUGGCGCGACGUCCGCGGCGUCAACUACGUCUCCCCCAUCAGGAACCAGGGAACGUGCGGCUCGUGCUACGCGUUCGCCUCGAUGGCGGCGCUGGAGUCACGCGUGCGCAUCCUCACCAACAACACCAUGCAGCCUGUGUUCUCACCGCAAGACAUCGUCAGCUGCAGCCAGUACAGCCAGGGCUGCGCCGGCGGCUUCCCCUACCUGAUCGCCGGGAAGUACGGCAUGGACUACGGCAUCGUCAUGGAGUCGUGUAACCCGUACAAGGGCACAGACACCAAGCAGUGCACCACCGACCCCGGCUGCCACCGUAUCUUCACCUACGCGUUCCGCUACGUCGGCGGGUUCUUCGGCGGCUGCAGUGAGCUGGAGAUGAUGCGCACGCUGGUGGAGAAGGGCCCACUUCCGGUGGGAUUCGAGGUUUAUCCAGACUUCAUGGACUACCAGGGCGGCAUCUAUCACCACGUCGUGAGGACCAGAAAGUUCGGCUUCGAUCCCCUGGAGCUGACCAAUCACGCCGUCCUGCUCGUGGGGUAUGGAGAGGAGGACGGCAAAAAGUACUGGAUUGUCAAGAACUCCUGGGGAGAAGGGUGGGGUGAGAAGGGCUUCUUCAGGAUCGAGCGCGGCAACGACAUGUGCGGUUUCGAGAGCAUGGCUGUCGAUGUUGACGUCAGCCCGUAUUGAUGACGUCACCACUUCCUGAUGGCGUCGGCACCUACCAACGAGGCCAUCCCAUCGACGGUGUAUCUCUUCUGAUGAUGUCAGCAUGCCCACCUACCAUCAGCCCCUGCUGAUAUGCGGUGACAUAGUAACCGAGUGACGCCGUUGAACGUGCCGGCGCCGGCUUCGCGGAGCGGAACGCUAAGGCCUGUGUGCGGUCGUGCCAGUCUGGCGAUUGUAGGGUGCCUCUCAGAGUCGCAAUGACUUCUGUUCGCCGGAGGAUAGCCGCUGCGCUGAGUGUCUCCACGCGUUGCGAUUCAGUUUUACGGACUAGGAUGAUUUGGUGAAUAUACGCACAGAAAUACG